UUUUUCCUGCGUUCUCUCUUUCGGAGGGAGAACGAAAGAAAAUGGCGAUGAGGCGACUGUGUGUGACAAUUCUCAUUUUCUCUCUCCUCCAACUUUCUCUCUGUAACCCUGACUUCACUGCCUUGCUGGCUUUCAAAUCGUCUUCAGACCACUUCAAUUCGCUCUCCUCCUGGUCCAAUUCAACUCACCCCUGUUCCGGGUCGUGGCUCGGCGUCACCUGCAACAAUGGCCAAGUCACCCACCUCGUUCUCGACCGCCUCAACCUCACCGGGUCCACUCGGGCCCUCUCUCGCCUCCCUCAGCUCCGGCUUCUUAGCCUCAACCACAACCGCCUCUCCUCUGUUGUCAACCUCUCUUCCUGGCCCAACCUCAAGCACCUCUACCUCUCUGACAACCGCUUCUCCGGAGAAUUCCCCGCUGGCGUGUCCAGCAUCCGUCGCAUCCGGCGCCUCGUCCUCUCCCACAACAACUUCUCCGGAGAAAUUCCGAUGAAUAAAUUGACUCAGUUGCGUCACUUGCUAACCCUAAGACUCGAAGAGAAUUCAUUCACUGGCACGCUCUCGUCAAAUUCUUCUUCUUCUUCAAUUUACGAUUUCAACGUCUCCGGCAACAAUCUCGCCGGCGAAAUCCCGGCAUGGCUGUCGCAGUUCCCUUUGUCGUCGUUCGCCAGAAACGCGAAGCUAUGCGGGAAGCCGUUGGGGUACAGUUGUUCGAAUGGUCCCACAAAAACGAGUAAGAGAAAAAGGAGAGUGAGUGAUGCACUGAUCCUCGUGAUCAUCAUCUUCGAUGCGGUGGCGGGCGUGGGGAUAAUCAUGACCGUUGGAUGGUGCUGUUACAGGAGCAUGAGCAGGAGGAGAACUGGGGUCCAUAGAGAAAUGGGGGGCUCUGAUGGGGCACCCAGAGAAAGAAACGAGAUGGUGAUGUUUGAAGGGUGUAAGGGUUUCUCUAAGGUGGAUGAUCUGCUGAAGGCCUCUGCAGAGCUGCUGGGGAAGGGAAGCGUGGGGAGCACGUACAAGGUAGUGAUGGAGGGCGGCGGUGUGGUGGCGGUGAAGAGAGUCAGAGAAGGGUUGAAAAGGAGGGAGAUUGAUGGAUUGAUGAAAGAAAUUGGUGGGUUGAGGCAUCGUAAUAUUGUGAGCCUCAGAGCAUACUACUUUUCCAGAGAUGAGUUGCUUUUGGUCUAUGAUUUUCUACCCAAUGGAAGCUUGCAUUCUCUCUUGCACGGGAAUCGAGGACCAGGAAGGACCCCAUUAGAUUGGACCACAAGGUUGAAGCUGGCCUCAGGUGCUGCCAGAGGGCUAGCUUUCCUCCAUGGCUGCAACAAAUCCAAGCUCACCCAUGGACACCUCACAUCAUCCAAUAUCAUAGUUGACACCUCCGGCAAUGCCUGCAUUGCAGACAUUGGUCUCCACCACUUCCUGCCUGCUCAGUCUUCAUCAUCAGACAACGCCUACACGCCACCAGAAUUGGCGGUCAACCACCACCAUGCCAAACUAUCACAGAAAGCCGACGUCUACAGCUUUGGGGUUGUGCUGUUGGAGAUUCUGACAGGGAAGAUGGUGGUGGGGGAAGGGGAAACGAGCUUGGCGAAGUGGGUUGAGAUGAGGCAGGAGGAGGAGUGGACAUGGGAGGUGUUUGAUUUUGAGCUGUGGAGGUAUAAAGAGAUGGAGCAGGAGAUGAAGGCGCUUCUGCAGAUUGCAUUGCUGUGCUUGGCCCCUCUGCCUAGAGACCGCCCAAAGAUGAGUAUGAUGCAUAAGAUGAUAGAAGAUAUUAGAAUGAAGGGUGGGCAGAAAGAUGGGGUGGUUCAUUCUCCUUUGUCUUCUGGGUAUUCUUCUCAAUCAGAAAGCACCCCCAACUUCACUAGCAGCUGAUGAUUAAUCCAAUGAUCACUAGCAAGCUCCAUGGUAAGUCAAUUAAAAUUCUUUAUUUGUUGGGACAUUUCUUUACUAUUAUAUAGAUGUGAUUAUUUUAUUUGAAUGUGUUGAAAACUUAAAAGAGCACAUUUGUAUCGAUAUGGUAUCAAAGUUUUGUUUGAUGGAA